AAACAGAGCCGGGGAGCGGCGGGCAGGGGGCGCGGGGAGCAGCCGGCGGGCAGGCGACGUCGCUGGCGCCCCCGGACGAGAGCAGGGCCCUGCCGGCCCAGGAGCAGCGCCAGGCGGCGGCCCAGGCAGCGGGAGGUUGCAGCCUUGGCUCAAUGCUGAGAUAAGAGACGUCCCCCUGCGGUUUCCAGUCUGCCUUCCCUACAGAGGACCCAUGACGCCUCAUCGCACCGAGUUCCCAGUGGCCCUCCAGCAUGUCCUGGUUUAGUGGCAUCCUGGUGCCCAAGGUGGACGAGCGGAAGACCGCUUGGGGCGAGCGCAAUGGGCCCAAGCGCCAUCGCCCAGCGCUUUGUGGUCCACGCUACAUGAGCUGCCUGCAGGACCCAGAACUGGAGCGUGGAGGCAGCGGGGGGCUGGGGCUGAACUGUUCCUGGCAGGAGGACCAUUAUGGCAAGAAGCAGCAGCCGUCACUGCCACCUGGUUCCGGGACAGGAGACCUGGGGCUUAAAGCCGUGGAUCUGGGUUUUGAGGAUGGCAGCGGCACAGGGAGCGAGGCCAAGGGACUCUCGGCCAGUGAUUGCGGCUGGCGCCUCUUGCAGGUGUUCCGUUCAAAGCGUUUCCGCUCGGCCAAGCUGGAGCGCCUCUAUCAGCGCUACUUCUUCCAGAUGAACCAGAGUUCGUUGACUGUGCUCAUGGGAGUCCUGGUGCUCGCCUGUGGCAUCAUGCUGCUGUUUCACUGUGUGCCUGGUGCCCCCCGCGUGCCGUAUGCUGCCGCCCUUGCUGUGGCAGCGGCACUUUUCCUGUCCCUUAUGAUCCUCUGCAACCGGACUGGCUUCCACCAGGACUGCAUGUGGGCUGUGAGCUACCUGGUCAUCGGGGCGUUAUGUGGUGUGCAGGCGGUGGGCACCCUUCUGGUGUCCCCACGCAGCGCCUCCGAGGGGGUCUGGUGGAGCGUCUUCUUCAUCUACAUCAUCUACACUCUUCUCCCUGUGCGCAUGCGGGCCGCUGUGCUGGCUGGGGCCUUGCUUUCCGUGCUUCACCUGGUAAUCUCUUGGCAUCAAAACCGUGCAGACUCAUUCCUCUGGAAACAGCUUGGAGCCAACAUUUUGAUCUUCCUCUGUACCAACAUCAUUGGCAUUUGUACCCAUUACCCCGCUGAGGUGUCACAACGGCAGGCCUUUCAGGAGACGCGUGGCUACAUCCAGGCACGGCUGCACCUGCAACGUGAAAACCGCCAGCAGGAACGGCUUCUGCUCUCGGUGUUGCCACAGCAUGUGGCCAUGGAGAUGAAGGAGGACAUCAACACCAAGAAGGAGGACAUGAUGUUCCACAAGAUUUACAUCCAGAAACAUGACAAUGUCAGCAUUUUAUUUGCUGACAUUGAGGGUUUCACCAGCCUGGCGUCUCAGUGUACAGCUCAGGAACUGGUCAUGACGCUGAACGAGCUCUUUGCGCGUUUUGACAAACUGGCUGCGGAGAAUCAUUGCCUUCGCAUCAAGAUCCUAGGUGACUGCUACUACUGUGUCUCAGGGCUGCCAGAACCACGGGCGGACCAUGCCCACUGCUGCGUGGAGAUGGGCGUUGACAUGAUAGAGGCCAUUUCGCUGGUACGCGAGGUGACGGGUGUGAAUGUGAACAUGCGUGUUGGAAUCCACAGCGGGCGCGUACAUUGUGGCGUCUUAGGGCUGCGCAAGUGGCAGUUCGAUGUCUGGUCCAACGAUGUCACCCUGGCCAACCAUAUGGAGGCUGGUGGAAAAGCUGGGCGGAUCCAUAUUACACGGGCAACACUGCAGUAUCUGAAUGGGGACUAUGAAGUGGAGCCUGGACACGGGGGUGAGCGCAAUGCCUACCUCAAAGAGCAUAACAUCGAGACCUUCUUCAUCGUGGGUUGCAGCCAGAAACGAAAAGAAGAGAAGGCCAUUUUAGCCAAGCUACAGCGGGCCCAAGCCAACUCCGCUGAAGGGCUAGUGCCUCGCUGGGUACCUGAGCGCUCAUUCCCCCGGACCAAGGACUCAAAGGCCUUCCGACAGAUGGGAAUUGAUGACUCUAGUAAAGACAACCGAAGCACCCAGGAAGCCUUGAACCCUGAAGACGAGGUAGAUGAGUUUCUGGGCCGUGCCAUUGAUGCCCGAAGCAUUGACCAGCUGCGCAAGGAUCACGUCAAACGCUUCCUGCUCACUUUCCAGAAACCUGAAUUGGAGAGAAAGUAUUCCAAGAAGGUGGACACUCGAUUUGGGGGCUACAUGGCUUGCACCAUGCUUGUCUUCUGCUUCAUUUGUUGUAUCCAGAUUGUCAUCUUCCCUCACUCCCCUCUGAUGCUUGGCGCCUACAUCAGCAUCUUCGUCACCCUGGCUACCAUCCUUUUUGUCUGCGCCAUCUACUCCUGCCUUGGCCCCUUUCCAGCCACUUUGCAGCAGUUGUCCCGCAAGAUCAUCCAGUCGCGAAUGAACAGCACGAUCACUGGUGUUGCUGCCAUUCUGCUGGUCUUUGUCUCUGCCUUCAUCAACAUGUUUGGUUGCAGCCGGGUCCGGCUCCAAAACUGCGUUGCUGAUUUUCUCAACGUUACUCCACCGGCUGUGGGUCCCUGCCUUCUUCGUGCACUGAACUACACGUUGGCAUCAGACAAUCUGCCGUGCCAGGGAAUCGGUGCCUCUAGUUGCAGCUUUCCUGAGUAUUUCACUUACUCGGUGCUGCUGAGUCUGCUGGCGAGCUCCGUCUUUCUGCACAUCAGCAGCCUGGGGAAGCUGGCGCUGCUGGUGGGGAUGGAGGCUGUGUACCUGGCCCUGGCUGAAGGCCCUCAGGGGAUGCUGUUCGAGAACUACGACUUGCUGGUGGCCGCCAAUGCCUUGCCAAUAGCUGUCAAUGAGACCCAGAGUGGCCAAGGCUGCCAAACAGGAGAGAAGAUGGCCCUGCAGUACAUGACCCCUGUCAUCCUGCUGCUCUUUGCCUUGGCGCUCUACCUGCACGCCCAGCAGGUGGAGUCGACUGCCCGUCUCGAUUUCCUCUGGAAGCAGCAGGCUACAGGUGAGAAAGAAGAGAUGGAAGAACUGCAGGCCUAUAACCGCCGGCUGCUGCACAACAUCUUGCCGAAGGACGUGGCCGCUCACUUUCUGGCCCGCGAGCGCCUCAAUGAUGAGCUCUAUCACCAGUCAUGUGAGUGUGUCGCUGUCAUGUUCGCCUCCAUCAGCAACUUCUCAGAGUUCUACGUUGAGCUGGAAGCCAACAAUGAGGGCGUUGAAUGUCUGCGGUUGCUCAAUGAGAUCAUUGCCGACUUCGAUGAGAUUAUUAGCGAGGACAAGUUCAGGCAACUGGAGAAGAUCAAGACGAUAGGCAGUACCUAUAUGGCAGCUUCCGGGCUGAACGACAGCACCUAUGACCGCGAGGGACGCUCCCAUAUCACAGCACUGGCAGACUACGCCAUGCGACUCAUGGAACAGAUGAAAUAUAUCAAUGAACACUCUUUCAAUAACUUCCAAAUGAAAAUCGGGCUGAACAUUGGGCCAGUGGUAGCUGGGGUGAUUGGAGCCCGGAAGCCGCAGUAUGACAUUUGGGGCAACACCGUGAAUGUCUCCAGUCGUAUGGACAGCACUGGUGUCCCCGACCGCAUUCAGGUGACCACUGAUCUCUAUCAGGUAUUAGCAGCCAAAGGUUAUCAGCUGGAAUGUCGUGGCGUCAUCAAGGUCAAAGGCAAAGGCGAAAUGACCACUUAUUUCCUGAACGGAGGCCCAUCCCUCAGUUAGCAAGAGCCUUUGCUACAAAGGGACGUGUUUGGCUGGGCUCAAGCAGCAUGGGGUGAAGUGGUUCUCUCUGCCCCCUCUCUUCUCCCCCUCGCUACUUGUUCCGGAUUUUAGAUACACCCUUCUGAAAGGAAUCUGCCUGGAAAUGGAAUCUUUGAUGGUGUUGAAAAGAGGAAACAUGGGAGGUCACUUUACCCCAUAAGAGACUUCUUUUUUAUUUAUUGGGAGCAAAGCCUAAUUUGGAGUGCCCCCUUGGGCCCAUGUGGGUGCUAUUUUGGGGAUAUGAAAACAAACCCUUUGACAUAAACUUUCUGCCUCUCCCGGGAUCGAACCAAAGAACCCAGUGAGGGGAGGUUGCAGCAGGGGAUAAAUGCCCCCACCCUUUUCUAUUUCUGGAUCUAGGAAGCUGAAGCUUGGUUUUAUUGGGAAAGGUGGGUUGGGAGGGGUGGGGGAUAUUUUUCCAAAAUUGCCUGGAUGCUUUGGGAAGGGACCCUCUCUCUUUUGUGGUGCCCCUCACCAAGACUUCCAGGAAGUGCAGGAGCAGCAGCAGCAGCAUCCCAGUCGGGGAGGUGGCUUGCCCCCUAACGCAAUCCCAUUGUUGCCAUCUGCAGCACACUCACACUGUCCCUCCACCCUCUUCUCACUCACUGUGAAGUUCGGGAAUGUAUCUUUUUUUCCCCUAAUUUUUUUUUGGGGGGGGAUGUCAUUUGGGGAACAGUUAUUUGCCAAAUUGCUUUGUCUGGUUGGAAUUAAGAGGACUUGUAACAAGUGCUGGGUAAUCCCAAGAAGUGGACACUGGGGUUGUGGUUUUGAUGCCAAAGAGAAAAGGCAGGGAAGGGGCCUAAUUUCCUCACCUUCCCCUGCCGUCCCACCUCCCGUAUUAACCAGAAGAAAAGUUAUCCUACCCUGUGGAAACGCAACCUGCCUUAGGUGCCUGAAGUAGAGGGGAGAUGAUUCCGCGUGUACCCCUCCUCUUCCUCAUCCUUGUGGAAGGGGAACCUCCUUUCUGCUGUUGGGGGUCCCCAGUGGGCAAGAAAAAGUUGCAAUUCCAUUAACAGG